ACACACACACACACACACACACUCAGAUACACACAUCGGCAUUUGGCACCAGACUACUGCACACAAGCAUUGCAUCUCUUCCAGCAUAUCAAACCCCCCGUCUCGCAAUGUCCCACACACAGACACAGGUCACGUUCAACGUCAGUGACUACUACGAAAUCAAGGAGAUCGUAGGUGAAGGCGCCUACGGUAUCGUCUGCUCGGCGCUGUACAAGCCCUCGCAGCAGAAGGUCGCCAUCAAAAAGAUACAACCCUUCGAGCGCACCAUGUUCUGCUUACGAACGCUCAGAGAGUUGAAGCUGUUGAAACACUUCAACCACGAGAACAUCAUCGGCAUCCUGGACAUCCAGAUACCCUACGACUUCGACAGCUUCAACGAGGUCUACCUCAUCCAGGAGUUGAUGGAGACAGACCUGCACCGCGUCAUCCGCUCGCAGAAGCUCUCCGACAACCACUGCCAGUACUUUAUAUACCAGACGUUGAGGGCCCUCAAGGCCCUCCACUCCGCAAACGUCUUGCACAGAGACUUGAAGCCCUCCAACCUCCUCCUCAAUUCAAAUUGCGACUUGAAAAUAUGCGACUUCGGCUUGGCCAGGUCUGUCGCUUCCCAUGAUGACAACUUCGGCUUCAUGACCGAAUACGUCGCCACCCGCUGGUACCGAGCCCCAGAAAUCAUGCUCACCUUCCAGGAGUACACCACCGCCAUCGACGUCUGGUCCGUCGGCUGUAUACUGGCAGAAAUGCUCUCCGGCAGACCCCUCUUCCCCGGAACCGACUACCACAACCAGUUAGCCCUCAUCAUAGACAUCCUCGGCACCCCAAAAAUGGACGAUUUCAACGCAAUCAAGUCCAGAAGGGCUAAGGAAUACAUCCGCAUGAUACCUUUCAAGAGGAAAAAAUCCUUCGCCGAGCUCUUCCCCAACGCCAACCCGGACGCCGCAGAUUUACUUGAAAAACUACUCACUUUCAAUCCAAAAAACAGGUUGACCGUAACAGAGGCCUUGGAACACCCGUAUGUCUCCUUCUACCACGAGCCAAACGAUGAGCCGAUCGCCGAAAAACUUCCAGAAGACUUUUUUGACUUCGAUAAAAAAAAGGACCAGCUGUCGAUCUUGCAGCUGAAGAAGAUGCUCUACGAGGAAAUAAUGAAGCCGCUCCGCUGAUCCAAAACCAGCUUCGUCUCUUGCCUCUUCAAACUCCAUUUUACAUAGACUCUCAUAUAUCUCCUCCCGUAAUACACUACGACCAGACUCGAAAACUCAUCCACAGCCUCCCAAGGGGAAGUUCUUCCCCAGCCUCUUAGGGCUACAAGGCAGAAGACGUGGAAAUGCAAGCGUCAGGGCUCCCCCACAAAUGGCCAUCGCCAAAAACUACGUUUGUGCUGGCGGAAACCAGACGGAGAAAGACGUCUGCAACACAGUGGGUGCAAUAAUUG